CAAAGAGUGGGCCCUUUAGUGAAGAAUCUGAAGUCACUACCACUGCAACGUGUGAGUAUAACUAUGUUUUAGUUUCAUUGGUGAAGAAGUUAUUUUUACAUAGUAGAAGGAGAUUUUAUUACGCUAAUGACUUUUUUUUCAGAUCCCAAUCCUCCGGGGGAUAUCACCAUGAAGAAUGCGACUACAAACUCCAUUUUUGUGAAGUGGACUCCAGCCCUCUUCAUGGAGAACUCAGAUGGUUUUAACUACACAGUGAACAUCAGUAAUUCAUCAGGGACUACAGAUUAUAGUACCAAAGCCUUAAACCAGACACUGACAAACCUUACAUCAGGAACACCACAUGUCAUCUGUGUGAGAACAACUGGACCACUUGGCCUCCAGAGUGAAUCUGUUUGCAGUGGAAAUAUCAUAACAAAGCCACAUCCCAUCAGGAAUUUGACUGCUGAGACUCUAAACACCACAGCAAUAGAGCUAAAGUGGGACCGACCAGAGGACUACCAGAGUACUUACCGUUACCAAGUCCAGAUCUCUGGAUGCACAUCUCCAAGCCGUGAUGCCUCAACAAGCGAGGAGAAGAUCAUCAUAUCCAGCCUGCCUCCAGGAACCAACUGCACAUUCAUUAUCUAUGUUGAGGUUAUGAAUGGCACAAGGGGAGAGGAACUCAAAAUCUCCCAUUAUACCAGUAAGAUUUUUCUAACUAAAUUUUUACUCUAAACGCUAAUCUAAAUUAUGAAAACUUUUGUCAA